GGAAGCCCGCGGUUUCACGCCGAGGCUGUUGAAACAGAAGCUGGAGGACGGGAAGCAGGAACUAAGACGGGGGAAGUAAGAACUGUAUAAUGAGAGCACUGAUGUUACGCUUAUCGGUCCGGUGUUUGGUGACAGUUUUCGGCACAUUUUCCGCCUCUAGCCGCAAAGUUAUUGCACAAGCAGCAGCUGUUUCGCACCAGUAUUAUUUCAGAAAAACGAUGCACUAUCAAACGGAGCAGAGAGGACACCAGAACUCUCCCGACUACAGGCUUUAUUUUAAAACCUCAGAUGGGAAAUACAUUUCGCCAUUCCACGAUAUUCCACUAAUAGCAGAGACAGAACAGGAAAAUGAUGUACCUGCUAAAAAGUCCAAGAAGAGUGAGAGUGAGGUGCUCUACAACAUGGUGGUGGAGGUACCGAGAUGGUCAAAUGCUAAAAUGGAGAUUGCGAUAAAGGAACCGCUGAAUCCGAUCAAGCAGGAUGAAAAGAAAGGAAAGCUCCGCUAUGUUGCCAACAUAUUUCCCCAUAAAGGUUACAUUUGGAAUUAUGGGGCACUUCCACAGACGUGGGAAGACCCGGGCCAGAAAGACAAAGAAACUAAUUGCUGUGGUGACAAUGACCCCAUUGAUGUUUGUGACAUAGGCACCCAGGUGUGCUCUACUGGUCAGGUUAUCCAAGUAAAAGUGCUUGGCAUCUUGGCCAUGAUUGAUGAAGGAGAAAUGGACUGGAAGGUCAUAGCUAUCAAUGCUGAAGACCCUGAUGCCAAAAAUCUAAAUAAUAUAGAGGAUGUCCGCAAGAACCGACCCGGUCAUUUAGAGGCCACUGUUGAGUGGUUUAGGAAAUAUAAGGUGCCGGAUGGAAAGCCUGAAAACAAAUUUGGAUUCAAUGGGGAGUUCAAAGACAAGGACUUUGCAGUUGAGAUCAUUAAGUCCACCCACGAGCACUGGAGGGCACUAGUACAGAAGCAAAAAAAUACUGGAGGAAUUGACUGCAAAAACACGUUAUGUUGUGAUAGCCCUUGGAGAUGUACCACUGAUGAGGCCAGAGAAGUAGUUCAGUCGGCUCCUGCAUUUGGCAGCGCACAUCCUGUGUCUCCAGAGGUGGAAAAGUGGCAUUUUGUCUGACACUCCCAAAACAGCAUGGAUACAGUCAAAACGUCUGAACACCUAAUGAGGGAUUCUUCUGCAUUCUUAUUUUGUAUGGAGCCAUUUAAAAGAGAGCCAUCGACACUCUGUUAUUUGUUGAAUAAAAGAAACACACCAAGUGAAGAAUUGUGCUAAAGUACCAGACUUGAAGUCGGGUCUGAUUUAUGGUGCCACAAGUGACACGUGUUUGAAUUUUUUGCUAGUAUGUCGAUUAUUAUUUGUCAUGGGGGAAAAAGGACUCCUUUUUUAUGAUUGUGAAUCAUGCUGUAUUUGUAUUCCAGGACUGUUGUGGCCAUGUCUAGUUUAUAUUUAUAUAGUCCUCUAAUUUCCUGUACAAAUGUAAUUGUUCUUGCAGAUACAGAACCACACACUUUAUAUGUAACAAGUAAACGUUUGGGUAAAUUAAAAGGAAAAUCUUUCAUUAUGUGUGUUUUAUAAGUUCACAUCACAAAUUUCAACUUGUGGAUAAAACACAGAAUUUAGAUAUUGUGAUUAACUUGGAAGUAACAAAUAAAAGUGCUUUAAAUAAAUAUAAAUUUUAUUUAAAAAAACACCCACAUAUCAGCAACAUCAGGAAUGAUAUAAUAAACAGCUUUCAAAUAAACUGCAUUCAGUACAUUACAAUACUUACAGUAUUAAUACCCAUCCUCAAUUUGAUUUUCUUUUUUCUUUUGUAGCAUACCAAACUUCAAGAGAACUAGGGAAGCUUUAAAAAAGUAAAAUUACAGGCAAAAAGUUGCACUUUUUUUAUACCUUUUAGUGUCUAACUGCAAAAAGACCAAGUGUGUAUGAACUGCUGGCUUAACCUUUGAGAUGAGCAUACUAGCUAAGCCCAGAAAAUCAUUCAAGUAAUGUUGACUCACUCAGAAUCACUCUGAAGCAUCUUCAAGUAUGGCUAUGCUUUUUAACCCGCUAUUUCUUACUACACCUUGGCUCUCUCAACAACGACCUGCUACUGUAGCUGGGUACUGUACAAUGAAAUUUAACAUUUCUAUAUGAUUAUUUUUACAGAACAGAUU